AUGACGUCGAGCACGCUUAAGCACUCACAAACGAGUGGCAACGGCGUUAUUGCCCGCUCGAGGCAGCUGGACUUUAGUAUCAUCGACAGCGCUGUGGAUGCAGAGGAGAAAGAACAGAUAGAUGGUAGGACUAUCCACGAUAGUUUACAGGUCAAAUAUGUGGAAGAAAAAGUGACCGAACAGGAGGGAAAGCAUACGGAUCGACCGGGAAGUGCUGAAGAAGGAAUCUGCUCGCAACUCGGAGUACACAAGCAUGGCCCUGGCAAGUGGGAAAGGAUUAUUCUUGACAGCAAAAAUGAUUUCUCGAGUUACGGGACAGAUGUGGAUCUGAAGGGUAAAUGGGUGAACUUGACUACCAUUUCGGGACAAAAGCGGCAAAAGACAUCGACCGUUACGAAAUCACUCAUUAAUUCUUUAUGGGAGACCGAUGCAGCUGAGUCAUCGAAACACGCUCCGACCGCAGCCUGCCGACGUCCUGCUGAUAAAAUUGCGGGUAUCAAGGCCCGUACUGUGAUCGAGAAGAAUAGCCGAGAAGGCGUUGCUGACUCAAAAUUGCUUAGCACGAGUGAUCCUGACCAAGUAGCGGGGUCUGUCACGCUAAAGAUUGCCACUGAUAAAUCUUUUCCCGAGCUUAUCGAAGUUGACGUGAACCUAGAUAUAUGCAAGAAUGUUGCUUCUUUUAAAAAGCAACUUUGGUCAAGCAUUUUGUCAGACGCUCCACCUGAUUUACAUGCUCAACUAAUCGGCCUCAAGUCCCGCGUUUUGCUGACAGACGAUGAGCUUUUGACGCGAUGCAUCGCGGCAAAUGGUGUAGAGUUUUUCCUUGUUGGUUACGACUUGCUUCAGUUUUACAGAACGCUGAAUAAUAGUUAUGUUGAAAAACUUCACUUAUUGGCAAAGGAAGUCAGCUUAUCCACGAUCCAUAAAAAGAAUCCGUUUAUGCUAGCGGACAAUUCGUCUAUAACAGAAUCUUUAUGCAAAGAAGACACAAACUCUGAUCUACAUGAAGGUGAGAUUGUAAUUAACUGA